AUGUCUCAAUCAAUGGCUUUAUAUUUCUACUAUAAUUUUUAUAUCAUAGUUGGAUUAUUUUUCCAAUUUGUUCUUCUUUAUCUGAUUUAUAAUAAAUCACCGGCAAGUUUGAAAAAGCUGACAUAUUACAUGUACAAUACAUCAUUUUUACAAAUAAAUGGAAUUAUUUGCACCUACUUUUUACAGCAUAGGUUAGAAAGAAAACACUCUUUUGAAAAUGAAUGAUGGAAAAAAAUUGGUUUCAGAAUACUUCAAAGCAGUACCACUCUUGCAAUUCUUGCAACGGGUCCUUGUUAUUCAUUGGGCCCAAAUGUUUGUUUUUGUGCCUAUCAUAUUUUUCUUGGAAUUUCGCUUUGUAUCGGUUUAUCUAUUUCAAAUACUGUAGCUUAUCGAUAUCUUGUUUUGGUUCAAAAUGAAAUGACUCGAACAAUGAUUUUUCUUCGAAUUUCCUAUAUUUAUAUUCCAUCUCUUAUUGCAAUUGUGAUUCCAUUUACAAGUCAAUGGAAUUUCGAAAUUGUUGAAAACGUAUCGAAAGAGGAACAUCCAAAUUACCCACUGGAAGAUUAUCAACCAUUUUCGGGAUUUUCGAACAUUAACUCGAUUCAAUUUACCUCAGCUACAGUACUCCUUUCAAUCGGCGCAUAUUUUAUUCCACUAUGUUCAGCUCUUUUAACAAUUAAAAUUGUGAAACUGAUUAAUGCUCACAAAAGUAUGUCAGCAAAAACGAAAAAACAAUCAAAACUUCUUGUAAAAGUAAUGUUAACUAUUGUUUCAUUAACCUAUUGCAAUUUAACUUUAUUUAGGGUCUUGCAGUUCAAACUCUUCUUCCAUUAAUAUGUUAUAUUCCACUACCAACAGCUUAUAUAAUUGCACAACUUGGAAAUAUAGAUUUAACUGAUCUCACAACAUCUUUAACACUUUUAUUAUCAUUUCCUUCGUUUAUAGAUCCAUUUAUUUCAUUUUAUUUCGUAGUUCCUUAUCGAAAAGCUAUUGUUCUCAUUUUAAUUCCAGCCAAGAAAAAAACUAUAAAUGUAAAAAUUGCCUCCCAAUUGAGUGGAAAUUAA